CACAGAAGCCACACGCUCCACUCCUGCAUCACACCCACCUACCACCGCAUACCCCUCACACACACACCGGUACUUGUGUCUCCGUCCCACCCACCCCCACCCCCCGCAAACACAUCCGAUCUCCCACUUUCCCCGGUGGUCGGCUCGGAUGAGUUACCCGCUGGACUCUAUAGGGAGUCCCUUCAGAACAACCAUGGAUUCUAGGACGACGAGCUACGGCUACGGCCGCCCAGUCGGCACCGCUUCCAGCGGCUUCCGCUCCCAGACCUGGACCUCCCGGAGCCCGGCACCCGGCAUGAUCUCCUCCUCCUCCUACAAGAGGACCGUGAACGCACCGGUCUCUCGAUCCUACGGGUCCGGGGUCCUUGGCUCCUCCGCCGCCGACGUCGAUUACAACCAGAACCUGAUGACCGGAGACUACAACAAGCGCAGCAACGAGAAAGAACAGCUGCAAGGGCUCAACGACCGCUUCGCCGGCUACAUCGACAAGGUGCACUACCUGGAGCAACAGAACAAGCAGAUCGAGGCGGAGAUCCAGGCUCUGCGGCAGAAACAGGUGUCCCGCAGCCAGCUGGGCGACCUUUACGACGAGGAGCUGCAGGAGCUGCGCAACGUGCUCGAGCAGAUCCACCAUGACAAAGCACAGAUCCAGCUGGACACGGAACACAUCGAAGAGGACAUCCAGCGGCUAAGGGAGCGCUUCGACGAGGAGGCGCGCAUCCGUGAGGAGAGCGAGGCCAUCAUGCGCAUGCUGAAGAAGGACUCCAGCGACUCGGACCUGAUGAAGUCCGAGCUUGAGAAGAAAGUGCAGUCGCUGCAAGACGAGAUCGCAUUCAUCCGCAACAACCACGAAGAGGAGGUGAGCGAGCUGAUCGCCCAGGUGCAGGAGUCUCAGGUGAGCUUCGAGAGGAAGGACUUCCAGAAGACCGACAUCACCGAGGCGCUGCGAGAGAUUCGCUGCGAGCUCGAGGGCCACUCCAACCAGAACCUGCAGCAGGUGGAGAACCUGUUCAUGUGCCGCUACUCUAAGCUGUCGGAGGCGGCAGAGCAGAACAAGGACGCUAUCAAGUCCGCCCGGGACGAGAUCAGCGACUACCGGCGCCAGCUGCAGACCAAGACGGUUGAGCUGGAAUCCGUCCGCGGGACGAGGGACUCCCUGGAGAGGCAACUGAACGACAUUGAGGACCGCCACAACAGCGACCUAUCCAGUCUGCAGGAGACCAUCCACCAGCUGGAUAAUGAGCUGAAGAGCACCAAGUGGGAGAUGGCCCGCCACCUCCGCGAGUACCAGGACCUGCUCAACGUCAAGAUGGCGUUGGACAUCGAGAUCGCCGCCUACAGGAAACUGCUGGAGGGCGAGGAGACACACUUCAGCACCUACCCCUACCGCGCACCCGUGACCCCCACCAAGACCCUCAAGUCCAAGUCCGAGGCCCCCAAGAUGAAGGUGCAGCACAAGUUUGUGGAGGAGAUCAUCGAGGAGACCCGCAUGGAGGAAGACAAGGCCGACAUGGACGAGGCCCUGGCCGAGCUGGCCGAGGAGCUGUCCGCCACACUCGCCGACGCCGGCGAUGACGCCGAAGACGAGGCCGAAGCAGAGGAGGAAGAGGAAGCCGGAGAGGCCGAGGGAGACGAGGCCGAAGAGGAGGCUGAGGCCGACGACGCAGAACAGGACGAGGAGGAAGUGGUGAGCGCCACGGCGGCCGAGGUCACCGCUAGCGCCCCCGCUGCCGACGAUGACAACGACGAAGAGAAGGAUGGAGGAGAUGAAGUGGAAGCCGAAGCUGGUGAUGAAGGGGAGAAAGAGGCAGAGGGAGAAGAUGAGGCAGAAAAGGAUGAGGAUGCCGAGCAAGGUGAUGAAGCUGAAGACGAGGCUGGAGAGGACGAAGAGGUCGUAGAAGAAACGGUGCUGUGCUCCAAGGACAUUGAGGACAAGGAGCAAGAGGAGGCUGAGGCUGAGGCUGAGGCUGAAGCUGAGGAGGUCGCAGACGACGACAAAGACGCAGGCAGCGACAAGGAAUCUAAAGGUGAGGACGACAAAGAGGAAGAGGUGAAAGAGGAGGCCACGGUCGAGAGCGAAAAGGACGAGAAGGACGACAAAGAGCAGAAGGUCGAGGAAGUGAUCGAGGAAGUGAUCGAAGCGGCCGUCGUAGCCAAAACCGAGGCUCCUCAGGUCGGCGCCGCCAAGGCUGAAGCCAAGCCAGAGACCCCCAAGGCUGAGACACCCAAGACCCUUUCGCCCAAAGCCAGCUCUCCUGUUGGAUCACCCAAGGCAGCCUCACCCAAGGCCAGCUCUCCCGUCGGAUCUCCCAAGGCAGCCUCACCCAAGGCCAGCUCUCCCGUCGGAUCUCCCAAGGCAGCCUCACCCAAGGCCAGCUCUCCCACUGGAUCGCCCAAAGCUGGCUCGCCCACUGGCUCACCCAAGGCAGCCUCACCCAAGGCAGCCUGCCCUAAAGCCGACUCUCCCACCACUGGAUCACCCAAGGGAGCCUCACCCAAGGCUAGCUCCCCUGUCGGAUCCCCCAAGGCAGCCUCACCCAAGGCCAGCUCUCCCACUGGAUCCCCCAAGGCAGCCUCACCCAAGGCCAGCUCUCCCACUGGAUCGCCCAAAGCUGGCUCGCCCACUGGCUCACCCAAGGCAGCCUCACCCAAGGCCAGCUCUCCCACUGGAUCCCCCAAGGCCAGCUCUCCCACUGGAUCCCCCAAGGCCAGCUCUCCCACUGGAUCCCCCAAGGCCAGCUCUCCCACUGGAUCCCCCAAGGCCAGCUCUCCCACUGGAUCCCCCAAGGCCAGCUCUCCCACUGGAUCCCCCAAGGCAGCUUCACCUAAGGCCGGCUCCCCCAAGGCCAGCUCUCCUGUUGGAUCACCAAAGGCUGGAACUCCUCCUGCCUCUGAGUCACUCAAACCCAGCUCCCCUAAGGCUGAAUCUCCCAAGUCAGAGUCCCCAAAACCAGAAUCCCUAAAGGUUGAGUCACCAAAGGCUGAGUCACCAAAGGCAGAGGCCCCUAAGGCUGAGUCACCAAAGGCAGAGGCCCCUAAGGCUGAGUCACCAAAGGCAGAGGCCCCUAAGGCUGAGUCACCAAAGGCAGAGGCCCCUAAGGCUGAGUCACCAAAGGCAGAGGCCCCUAAGGCUGAGUCACCAAAGGCAGAGGCCCCAAAGGCUGAGUCACCAAAGGCAGAGGCCCCUAAGGCUGAGUCACCAAAGGCAGAGGCCCCUAAGGCUGAGUCACCAAAGGCAGAGGCCCCUAAAGCUGAGUCACCAAAGGCUGAAUCACCAAAGGCUGAGGCUCCUAAGGUAGAGGCUCCUAAGGAAGAGGCCCCUAAAGCAGAAGCCCCUAAGGUAGAGGCACCUAAGGAAGAGGCCCCUAAGACGGAAGCCCCUAAGGUAGAGGCCCCUAAGGCAGAGGCCCCUAAGGCAGAGGCCCCUAAGACGGAAGCCCCCAAAGCAGAAGAGGCAAAGAGCGAAGCAGCAGAAGAACCAAAAGCGGAGACGAAAGACGCCGCCAUGAACGGAGGCAUGGACAAGAGCCCCGAGGAGAAGCAGAAGGACGAUGAGGACGCGCUGGCUAACGGCAUGGACGACAGCCACCUGAAGGAGGACGCCAGCCAGAAGGUGGUGAUCACCAAGACGGUGGAGACCAUCACCACCGGAGAGGACGGAGCCAAGCACGUCACCAAGUCGGUCACCGUGACCGAAACCUUGAAGGAGGUGGAAGAGGUGGUGCAGGAGAAGAUGGUCUCCACCAAGAAGAUGGAGAAGCACUCCACCGAGUCCAUCACACAGGUCACCGAGGCCGAGUGAGCAGUCUCCCCCAGGGUCCACAACCGGGGACCCCCCCCCCCCCCCCCCCCCCCCCCCCUUUUCCGGAAGGAAGAAGUUGCCGCAAGCAAGCGAUCCACCCCCAGAACUAACAUAGCGAUGACAUCUCACAGCUAGAGCGAUGUAAUACAGACGACGACGACAGCACACCUCCACCACCCGCCACCACACAUUCAAAUACAAGGCAUCCAAGAGAAGCAAAAAAAGACGACGCUAAACUAAAAACACACACAUGCAUGUUGAGGGAAAGCUUUGUGCCGGGCUCGGCUGCGGACGCAGCGGGGAGCCGGCGGCGGGGGGGGGGGGGGGGGGGGUGAGAUAUUUUAAUCUCUUCUAUUUUUUCUCUAUUUCCUUCCGCAGUGGACGGCAGGGUGGGUGUCUGCAUGCGAGCUCAGGGAGGAAGGGGAGGCCCUUCCUCUCUUAUGCAUAUGUACGUACGGAUGGGAUACACUGUGUGCACGGAGGGUGUGUAUAAUAGGAGCGCAUCGCUAUCUAUAGAUAUAUAUAGAGAUAGAGAUAUAUAUAUACAUGGGCGGGGUGGCAAUGACAGAUAUAUUGCUGGAUAUAUUUAUGAGGUAUUUUCUUUGUUUCGUUUUAACGAAUGUCUCUGUGGAGGUCGACAGAGGGGAUGACCUCUACCCCACAGGGACCGCCGCUCUCUGGAAGUAGCCUUACUGAGUAUGUGAAGACACCAACUGAGCCAAAAAAAGGGAAAAACACUUGACACGCACAGCGGAGAAUGAUAAGGGUGGGGUGGGUGGGGGGGGGUUGGGGGGAAGCGAUUGGUAGAUGAUCAUUAUAUCAUGAUCACGGUCAUGUACAUCAUAUACCUGACGCAAGCAACUAACGACGCUACGUGAACCCGAAGAAACUCCUAGCCUUAACAUGCUUUUUCUCAGUGUCUCUUAUGUUUACCUAAUCAGUGCAAUUGAAAAAUAACUACUGUAAAUGCGCAAACAAAAAGUGAUGCAUUCUUGUGUGCAUAGGAUGGACUUGAAUUUAGAUAAUGAACAAUGAAUAAUGCGGUGCUACUGUUUGCAAAUCCCAUGUCUUUACUCAUGAUCUAUUUCCCAGCAGCAUUUGCUCAAUAAAUGUCUUACUAAAGUCACAAACAA